GCACGCGCUCGCACUGGAUUGCAUCUAGCACCUCAUUAUAAACUCCUAACCCCGUACCCACUUAAAAUUCAGGUGAUGGGUUUUGUUUUGCCGAUUCUCUCUCGUAUUAACAUUUUCGGCACCUGCUCUGCUCUGUUAUCUUCUUCUUCCUUCGCUCGCUCUCUCCGCCUCUGAACAUCAUCGAAUCUCAAAUUCCAAGAGAGACAGACACCCUUUCAUUCGGAAUCGACACCGGUGGAGGUGUUAAUCGAAUAAUGGAGAGCACGGACUCGUCGACGGGGUCGCAGCAGCCGCAGCUCCCACCGGGAUUUCGGUUCCACCCCACCGACGAAGAGCUUGUCGUUCACUACCUCAAGAAGAAGGCCUCCUCUGCUCCUCUCCCCGUCGCCAUCAUCGCCGAGGUCGAUCUCUACAAGUUCGAUCCCUGGGAGCUCCCCGCUAAGGCCACGUUUGGCGAACAAGAGUGGUAUUUCUUUAGUCCCCGUGACCGGAAGUAUCCCAACGGGGCGCGGCCGAACAGGGCGGCGACGUCUGGGUACUGGAAGGCCACCGGAACCGAUAAGCCGGUGUUAACCUCCGGCGGAACCCAGAAGGUGGGCGUUAAGAAGGCGCUUGUGUUCUACGGAGGAAAGCCCCCAAAAGGAAUCAAAACCAAUUGGAUCAUGCACGAGUACCGUCUCGCUGACAACAAAUUAAGCAAUAAGCCUCCCGGCUGUGACGUCGUCGGCAACAAGAAAGGCUCCUUGCGGCUGGAUGAUUGGGUGCUAUGUCGAAUCUACAAAAAGAACAACACGCAGCGACUGAUGGAUCACGACAAGGAAGACUCCAUGGAUGACAUGCUGGCGUCGCUGCCGAUCGCAGCCGCCGCUGGCGGCCAAUACAACCCCAAACUGCAGCCGCCAAAGACCGCCGCAAACUACGGCGCAUUGCUCGAGAACGAGCAGAACUUACUGGAGGGUAUAAUGGGAAACGACUGCAUCGCCGGUGGCGCCGCCGUUUCUCAGCUGGCAUCUUCGAGCUCCAAGCCGGACCUCCCGGCGGUUCCAACCGCGUCGAACACCCUGAAACGGACGUUGCCAUCUCUGUAUUGGGCCGAAGACGGCUCCGCCGCCGCUGCCGGAGCUUCGACGACUGUAAAGAGGUUUCAUGGCGACGCCAACGACGGUAUGGAAAGGUCGGGCGGCAUGAACAAUUCAUUUGCGGCGCUACUGGGGCAGCUGAAUCCGCAAACGCAGUCGUUGCACCAGCAGACAAUGCUGGGGUCUUUCGGCGACGGGGUUUUCCGGCAGGCGUAUCAGCUAAACGGGAUGAAUUGGUACUCUUAAAUCUUAAUUAGUUCUAGAUUACUGAGGUUUGGUGCAUGAUUAUAUGCAUAUGCCUAUAUAUAUGAUUUAUGAUGAUGAGUAAGUGAUCAUCAAAUUGAAGUUCUCGGAGGAAUCGAAAUCUUGGAUUGGUAUUGAGAUUUUGUUACUCUUUUUAAGUUGUAAGAUCAUAAUUAGGUAGUUAGAUUCACGAUUAUAUGCAUAUAGUUGUACUUCUUUAGAGAUGGAUGGAUGCAAAAAAAAAAAAAAAAGUGAUAAGAGGUGCGCGCGAGCUCUUGAUGAUGUAGAAAAAUAAACGCAUGUAUUUGAAUUAUUUAAUAUUUUUGGUCUAGGAAUUAAUCAUAUUUACAACACUCAAAUGAAACUGUAUAGAACAUCUUUUUAGUUAAUGUAUAAUUUUAUAUAUUAUUGCUGCUGUUCAUGAAAUGGAAGAUUGAUUCAUGAUGGUUUGUCUA